CCCUGUCUCAGCACAUGAAGGGCCUGCCCAGCUCUAGUGGAGCACGCCGGGGUCCGCACAACCGGGAGAACCGCCGUUGCUGUACAGGGCAAGCAACUGGGCUCCCCACUCCCUGCCCUGCUGGCCAUCAUGACAGUGAGAGAAUGUCGGAUGCGGUUCCGCUCACCCGAGGUGCUGGCUGCAGUGACGUCGGGGGCUUGGCCCCGCUGCGCUACGUGGAUGACCAGGGCCAGCCCACCCAGGAGUACCCCCUGAACCCCAACGGCUCCCCGCUGGGCAUCGCCGGGCUCUGCUCGCCCGACGGGCGCCAUUUGGCCAUGAUGCCCCACCCCGAGCGCUGCGUCCUGCCCUGGCAGUGGGCCUGGAUGCCGCCCGACUGGCGCCGCACCAUGGAGGUCUCGCCUGGCUGCGCAUGUUCCAGAACGCCUGCGAGUGGUGCCUGGAGCACCCCGAGGGGGAGUCCUGACUGCGGAGCCCAGUCGCCAGCCGGUCUCGUAUCCCAAGAGCAGAAAGCUCCCAUGGAAUUUAAUACCCAGCUCGGACAAGAGACACAGAGAUACUGCUGCUCGUCAAUUUGUGCAAAGGAAAAACUCGUUUUUCAACUGGACCUUGGCUCCUAGGAAGGGAGAGUGGAAAAGCUCAGAGCUGAGGCUGGGUCUCCUCAGUGGUGGGACUGGCCAGCUGAAGACGUCCCUGGGCUGAGAUCAAAGGCAUCAGAAACUCCUCUGCCAAUGACAGCUGAUGCAUUGAGAACUGCCCAAAGCCAAGCAGAGUUGGACCUUACAAAAGAAAUUCAAACCCGGUAAAAGGUUCUGUUACCAUAUAAAUAAAACCAGGAAGGAGGAAGUGGGACUGCUAAA